AAUGUCUUCUAUUUCUUUCAUACAGGGGGUAAGGCCAUCCUACAAUCUCCAGGAUUCCCCGACUACUACCCGAACCGUGUGGACUGUGUCUGGCGGAUCGUGAACAGGAGAGGCCGCCAUGUUCGUCUGAGGUUCCGUGCGUUCGAAGUGGAGAACCAGGAGGACUGCACGUUCGACUAUCUGGCUAUCAUGGAGACAAGCAGGCAAAGUCACAGGCUUAUUGGAAGGUUCUGUGGCAGCAAGCUUCCUCCGACAAUUGUGACGUCAGAAGGUGAUGAGUUAUGGGUAAAAUUCCAAUCGGACGGGACGGUGCAACGGCGAGGGUUCAGCGCGCUGGUGGAGGUGGAAUGACCUCUGACCUCUUUCGUAGAUUCUCGCAAAAUCUCGUCGUACAGAUCACGUGUAUCUUAGCGGAAGCUGUGUUUUCUGAGAAGAGGACAGCAGCAACGUAACAAAUACCCAUAUUUGGGGAUAGUGAACGCCAGUGUUUUUGUAAAAAGUGACCAACAUGUAUUUUGUUGUUGUUAAAUAUUGAAUGGUAACGAUUUCGCUGCAUAGGCGGAGGGAUAAGCGAUGUAAAUUCCAGGACAUAUUUAUUUUGACACCAUUUUUAUUGAAAAUAGGCUAGUAGUAAGGUUUUAACACAAAUUCCAAGUCAUACUUGGUGCGUACAUGUACUUGUGGUGCUAGUUUUUGUUUACGGGUUUCCUCCCGUUUUUUACAUGGUGCUGUUCAGAAUUGUGCGAUGAUAGGAAUAAUGUUAAGAGUAGCGUAGAAUCGCCAUAAUUGUACAUAAUAAACAUUAAAGGGAGGAUCAUACUUUAUCAUGAUCAAGUAAGAUAUAGACUGUGACGUUUGAAGUAAGAUAAGAAAGACUUCGAUUUGUCAAGUCUUUUGAUUGACAGGACAUAGCCAGUUGUUGCCACGACCAUGGAAAGCUGAUGCGAUUCGCCUAAAGUUAGUACCUAUUCCUUGCUACAAAAAGGCAACAUGGACAGUGACUCUCCAGAGUCUAAAGAUGACACAGUUUUAGUUGCAUGAGGUCACCUUAAGCUAUCUACAAAGAAUAAAACCACUUUGCAAGGCUGUUCAUCCUUCACCAUCAUCACAUCUUCAUCGAAAAUUUGCCGGACAAAUUUUCUGUCUAACAGCCUAGCGGAGGGCCAGUGAUUGUGUUGACGUAGUUCAGGAAAAUUUUCACCACAGAUUCGUUCAUUUUACUUUUACUUU